AUGACUAGCAAGGUGCCCGUCGAACUCGCGAAUACGCCGUUUUACCCCGAGGUCAAGCGCAAACUGCGACAAAUCUUCGGCUUGACCACCUUCCGGCCAAAUCAGCUGCAGGCUAUAAGCACGACGUUAUCCGGCGAGGACGCCGUUGUGCUAAUGCCCACGGGUGGUGGGAAGAGUCUCUGCUACCAGCUUCCCGCCGUUUGCGACACCGGCAAGACUCGCGGCGUUACGGUCGUGAUCUGUCCACUGCUUGCGCUUAUGCUCAAUCAAGUCGAAGCGCUCAAGGAGAAGGGCAUCGACGUCGUCUAUUUCAAUUCGGACCAAGCUGCGGAUGAAAGCAACGAAGCGACCCGUCGCCUCCGCGAGAAAGGGAAACGCCCGCGCAUCUUCUACAUAACCCCCGAGAAGUUUAAGGGUAGCUCACACGUCAACCAGCUGUUGAGUCAGAUGAAUAACGACGGGGAGCUCGCGCGCUUUGUGAUCGACGAGGGCCAUCUCGUCAUCAAGUGGGGCCGGGACUUCCGUGAGGCGUACAAGUAUCUCCAAUGCUUGCGACAGAACUUCCCUGGGAUACCCAUCAUGGCGCUUACAGCAACGGCGACGCAGCAAGUGAAGGAGGACCUCAUCCGUAUCCUUGGUAUUCGCGGGUGCAAGGUGUAUUGGCAAUCAAUGAAUCGCCCUAACCUCAACUACGAGGUGCGACCGAAGAAGACAGUCGAACGAGAGAUCGUGAACUUCAUUCGUACAUACCACCCGGACGCGACGGGCAUCAUCUACGGGCGGAGUCGGCAGACGUGCGAGAACCUUGCCAAGAAGUUGCGCGAAGACCAUGGUUUCAAAGCCCGUCAUUUUCACGCGGGGUUGCAGCCCGCAGACAAGAAGGACGCCCUCGCACAAUGGCAGAACGGGCGAUGUAAGAUCAUCGUCGCUACGAUUGCGUUCGGGAUGGGUAUUGACAAACCAGACGUGAGAUACGUGAUCCAUCACGAUCUCCCCAACGAUCUAGACGGGUACUAUCAGGAAACCGGUAGGGCAGGCCGCGAUGGCAAGCCCGCAGACUGCAUCAUGUACUACUCCUUCGGCGACGUGAAUCAGCGACGGCGCCAGAUCCGUGACAACAGGGAGUGCAAUCCUAGCGAAAGGGAGCAUCAAGAACAAGAGAUACUACGUGUGGCGCAAUUCUGCCAGAACAAUGUCGACUGUCGUCGUACUCAGGUCCUCGCAUACUACAAUGAGACUUUCGACCCCGCUCUAUGUGAUGAUGGUUGUGACAACUGCCGGAAUCCGUCCGGGAUCGAGGAGGAAGACGUCACGGAGAUGGCCGUCAAGAUCAUUAAUCUCGCCGAGGCUCUCAUCGACGAUGGCAGGUUCAAUGUUACGAGGAACCAAUUGCUUGACGUCUUAUGGGGG